AGCUUACGAGGAGCGAAGUCAUUGUUUAGCGACGUUUAAAGUGUACAAAUUCCGGUGUAAAUUAAGUUGUCUUUCAAGUUAUAAGCCUUACCCCAUCAUGUACAGCGGAAUCGAAGACCCCCAGUCAGCUGAGAGCGUGUUCACUAUUUCCCGGUCGAAAAAGAGUCGUCUAUGGCAACGUGGCAACAUGAUCAGGCCAGUACAGGUGAAGAACUCGGCUGCACCACCACGCGUCAGGACAUUCAAGCAAUCGCCCUCCAGGUGCCCGAAUUGUAGGGUUGGAACCAUGGAACCUGGCUGUACAUUACUUACAUGUGUUGUCUGCCUGCUGUUAGGACCCUGUUUCGUCCCAUGCUUCCUGCAGAAUCAGUGUCCCGUCUGUGACUACUCUGGGGGUGGAAUUUGCUGUUAAAUGUAUUGUUAUUAUUAUUAUUAGGGUUGGUUUGUAUGUGACUGUGGGUAUGUUUCGUUUAAGUAGGAAUUUUAUUCAGGUUUUUUGAAUUUGAAUUAUUUUUCUGUUGUCUACAUGAUUUGGUAUAAGAUUUAUGUGAUUUAUAUUGUAUGUGGAUACAUGAUGUCUUACGUAUACACAUACUAUGAAUACAGAACUCAUUAUUACGUAUAGGACGAAACAUACACAGAUAAUAAUCUCAUCCA